GCGGCUCCGGUGCAGCGCCCGCGGCGCUGCUCCCGGCACGGCCCGGGAUGGGCUCGGCGCACUCCGUGCCCGCCGAGAUGCGGGAGCUGGCCGACAGGACGGGCUUCACCUCGGAGCAGAUCGAGCACCUGCACCGGCGCUUCAAGCAGCUGAGCCAGGACCAGCUGACAAUCCGCAAGGAGAACUUUGACAGCAUUCCCGACCUGGAGUUCAACCCAAUCCGAGGGAAAAUCGUCCACGCCUUUUUUGACAAGAGGAACCUGCGGCAGGAGUCGGACGGGCUGGCGGAUGAGAUCAACUUCGAGGACUUCCUGACCAUCAUGUCCUACUUCAGACCCAUCGAGAUGGACAUGGACGAGGAGCAGCUCGACCGCUUCCGGAAGGAGAAGCUGAAAUUCCUGUUCCACAUGUACGACUCGGACCACGACGGGAAGAUCACCCUGCAGGAGUACAGAAAUGUGGUGGAGGAGCUGCUCUCGGGGAACCCCCACCUGGAGAAGGAAUCGGCUCGGUCCAUCGCCGACGGGGCGAUGAUGGAGGCAGCCAGCAUCUGUGUGGGACAAAUGGGCCCGGACCAGGUGUACGAGGGCAUCACCUUCGAGGAUUUCCUGAAGAUGUGGCAGGGCAUCGACAUCGAGACCAAGAUGCACGUCCGCUUCCUCAACGUGGACACCAUCGCUCACUGCUACUGAGGAGGGGCAGCAGCAGCAGCAGGAGGAGGAGGAGGAGGAGGAGGAGGAGGCGGACCCACAGCAGCUCCACGUCCUGGCUCCUGGCUCCCAGCUCCAGGGCUCUGCCCUGCCCGUGUGCCCGUUCCACGCUGGGGCUGCCCUCUGCUCUCUAGAAACAUCAGAGGCUUUUAUCUGUAAUAAAAGGUAUUUCUCUUUUUA